CAAGGUCUCAGCUUUCUUUUGUCCGCACAUGGAAAUCGAAUUCGAUAAAGCUUCCAAUGUUCCAAAUUAUCCGACAGCCGAUAUCACCCUUGACAGCGAAAGAACUCGCGAGGCGGGAACAAAAACCUCACAAGGCGACCCGGGCAUCAAUUGUCCUAUUCAUUCCCUCGUCGCCAUUGGUUCACGCCCGUUUGCAAGCCCGCCAGCGAGGAACCGUGUCAUUGGGAACACCAGCCCCAGAACACGGCAGCAUUCGAUGCAGUCAAACAUGAGAUUUCGCGGGAAGCUGAGGUCAAACGCCCACCGAGUUCGCCAUUGGUCGAACCGGUUCUCGGCCAGCUGCCCUGAAUGCCCUAAAGCGCAAUGCUGCUGGAGACUCGUCCACGUUCCCGACAGGCUCACGGGCUUCACAAACAAUUCCAUGUCGACGCCCGAUCCCGAAGACCGACCUGCCUGGUGUACGUGUACCGUAUACCGGCCUGUUCCUCCGCAUUCUGUGCAAACGGCUGGCCUGGACAAGAGGUGAAACAUCUUGAUGGUUCACUGCAGUACUGACAAGUCAUUCUUGUGUCCUGCCGAUUCCCUCUUUUGGCUGAUUCGCCAGUCCAACUCAUGCUGCGGCACCUGAUGAGGCUGCUGCGUGUGCGGCAUCUACCCGAGGCGAUCUGAACACAAUCUGCAAAAAACAGCAGGAUUCACUCAUAGAUACCACACAGAUACAAUCACCGUCUCUCACAGAAACGAAACCCCUGCACCAGUUGCGCCUCCUUCCUAGCCUCUGGAGGCAAUGCAACUGACCGCUGGUGAAGCUCAUCUGCAUAGUCGACACUAAAUGCGUUUGUCGCAGAAUCGAGGGGAUUUUCACUCGACAUGGCGUCGCAUUGCUCACGAUGUUGUAUUCAGUGCGGUCAGGAUGGCAGGGACAAGGUUUUGAGACACUUGUCGGGCGACAGAUGAUAUGCAUGCUUGCUACCCAAGAUCUGUUCUUGUGUCGUUCACCGCCACCUUGGGUAGAUGGUCACAUCUUUGCAUCUCUUGUCUAAAAAAUUGUUUUUUUCCCGCGGCAUGGACCACGGGAAGCCCGUCAACCUUUUGACCGGGCGUCUGGCACCCUGGCUGGGCGCAGUUGCUAUGAUCAGAAAAGAGAUGUGACCUUGAGGUAUGUACAGCACAGCUCGAAUACACGAUACUACGUUCAGAACUGCUCACCAUAUUCCGUAUGGAUCAGCCUACAGUUGUAGCCUUGUUCUCUACGGGAGAAUGACGUCGCCAAGAAUCAAAUUGUCUUGUGUGCCGGGAGGGGCGGUCGAGCCGCAUCUUUACGCUGCAGAACAGUGGCCAGCUGUACGGGGUGCUCGUCCGAUUAAACCAGCCGCCAGCACUUCCCUAGGUACCGCCUACACAUCACGUCCGCAUCUGGUCAGUAUUCUAGGUGCAAAACAGGGCCAGGCCAUUAUGCAAGGCCAACGAAUUCACCACCCAGUGCAGCUGAGAAGCACAAGGAUCGUGUUCUCAACCUAGGAUGGCAUCGGCACCCUGCCGAAUCCGGGUGCCUUUACAUACUUGCCGUGUUUAAUAAUCGUGGCUAGAGCACAUGGAGGAAACAGAGCUAACGAGCUAACGAAGCCGACAUGGGCCGACAAGCUCCCAUAGGCCCAGUUCCUCACCAAAUCGACGACAUACUACAUGCAGUUCAUCUCACUUGACCUUGGCGAUUGCUGUUUGAUAGUCGCAGCUGGCGAAACGGCCGGCAGCUGAGAGCAUCGACUUCAACAAGUCGGUCACCGUGGCGUAGGCGUAAAUAGCUUCUUUUUUCGGCACCGAUCUUCAAGGGCAUUAGGAACAGCGCGCUGGUUGAUUCGAGCACCAACAAACGGCCGAGCUUGGGAGCGUCUUCGCUGCUUUGUUCGGGCAGCAACAACGAAACGAGCCGGCGAUGAUCUGCUUCGUUCCAUGUUUGUCUUGCUCACCUUGACCUGGACUGCUGAACCACGGUGGCCUUGGCUUUCCCACCCCACUCCCGCUCUGCAGUUGGCCAUGUGGUCAUGGAAAUUCGUGUAUUUGAGUCCCUGAAUCGCUGAGCGGCAUGUGCAAAAGCGCAGUUCCAAGCUGGCCACGACUUACAAGUGAGGUUCUGGACCAGUCUUGGCAAGCCGUUUGGGCCAGAGUCAUGUCAGGUCUACAGGACAAAGCGAGGCGAAACGGCAGCGUGGGUAGCACAUGGCUGUGGCUGAGCCAAGUGGGAUCAGCUCCAAUGGCAUCUUUCUUGUAUUGAUAUUGGGCUCCAGGACCUGCGCUGGUGUCGAAAGAAACAAGCAGCACGAACAGUCAGCCUGUAACCGAGCAUGGCCGACAAAAGCAUUACAAGGAGCAGCAUAAUGGCUAUUGUUGGGUGGCAGAUCAUGGUUCAUGGGCAGGGUGAGCCACAAUAGCCAGCCGAGAGGAAGCGACACCACACCGGGAAAUUCAAGGAUCCUAGGCACAAAACCCAAAACGGAACGAUUCAUUGAUCGUCUUGGGGCGGCUGUCCUGCCGGCACUGUUGCCCCGCAGGAACCUUGAUCCCGGACGGUGUGGGGGAGGGAUGAAGCGGAACUUGAGAGCAGAGACCUGUAUCUGUCCAGAGGUACAGAACACAAGAGCUGACCGCCAAUUCGUGGGACUGCCAUCUCACAGCUGUUUGCUGGAGAGUAUGGAGCGCUUCUCCAGUACACUCAUGGCAUUGACAAAUGUAUUGUCACAACUUGUCCGGUAGCCUGCCCCGCCAAACGCUGUCGUUGAUCUUACAGCAAGAUUGUGUGAUGUGGGCUUACCAAGGACACGAUCCGGAACGCACAGACAAUGCAUCGAGUCGCUAUUACCCGCCCCAGGCUCUUUGAGAAACCAGGGUUACAAGGUUCAACAGCAACUGCUCACACGCCGGAUCGAUCUCUGGAUCUCUGGAUCUCUUGUGUCCAGAGAACUGACAGGGUUCCUGACUGUCGUGCCUCUGAGCCUGUUGCGACGGUUCUGUCCAAGUUCAGUCGACGUCGCCGUCUUAGGUAGGGGCUCAUGCUCCCGCAACCAAUGCAAGCAAUGCUCCAGCGUCCGAAUCGCACAUCCAUGUCGCAUCGCAUUGAAGCCAGGGUUUCCCUGGAUCUGACAAGAGAACAGACGCACUCUCUUCGUCUCGCGCAGCGUCUGUUCUUAUGCGCACAGAGGCUCCAAAAUAGCUAGAGCCUGAAGAACAUCCAAGAAGAAUGAUGACCGGAGCUGGCCCGGCGGCUUAUAUCACCGUGACUGCAAAGUAAUAACCCGGAGCCAAGGUUAGCGAGCCGGCGGCCGUCGUUUCUGGGUCAAGGGCGGAUCGAAGCGAGCCUCUCGUGCCGCUCCUCCCAUCUGCGACUUACUUCACACCUCUAGCGCCCGUUUAGGAUCGAUCACGCUCCCCUUCGUCGCACUGCGCAGUUGUUCAACAGUUAGGUCUGAGGUCUCGGCAAUGCAGAUGCCAGAUGGGUUGAUCCCAUCCAGCCUGGGGCCUUCUUCCGCAUUGGGCCCUGGACUAAACUCUCGAUGCUGGCAGUGUCCAAGCUUUGGACGGGGGCAGCAUGACGGUAAACCAUCAAACCUCCUUUCAGAACAAGGAGGUGAGCAUCAAGAUGGGGCAUGGACCACUGGUUGCUGGUGGCCGUCGCCUCUUGCAAAUCCAACCCGCCUCCCGCCCCAUACCACCACGGGCAGUUUCAAGACCAACCCAUUUGAACCCAUGUCCUAUGCGUUUUUUCUCCUCCCAUGGCAAGCGUUUCCGUUCAUCUACACUCCCAUCGUUUGUGGUCGAAACAGGUACUGCCUGUUUAUGCCCGGCUGGGCUGUCGUUGCUGCUGGACAGAUACAGGUGCAGCGGCAACUUUUGGCUGACGCCUCACCCUACCUGCUUGCUUGCACACGUCUCUCUUUCUUCUGCCGCAAGUCAAGUUCCGCCUGCCCCGAACCAUGCCAUGGUGAAGUAGUACCUGGGAUGGGGGUUAAAAGUCACUCAGGAAACAAUGCCGCUUGAGAGCCCAACUAACCUUGAUUACUGACCCUUCUUUACCGACUUUGCAACCCGACCACUCACGUACACCGCCCCCCAUCAUAGACUUUCUUCUUCGCGAUAUGCCCCCAACUUUGAUGCACAAUAAGAACUUUCUGCGCCAUUAAACAUGGCAUUUUAGUCGAAGUAAGCGCUGUUAGCCAGGACCAGCCAGCCUGAAGAAUAGAGGGUGUCUGUCAUGCACGAAGUCGUGGUCAACCCAUGUCGUUUGCCCUAGUGGGGGCGGUAUCUCGCAUAGUCGACAUGUUUGGCGUUAGCACUGAUCUUCUUCGACGUCCCUAGAACCAGUCGGUCUUGCAUUUCGUUUCUUUUUUUUUCUUUUUCUUUUUGCCAUUUUGUUCUUGGAUGGAGCAACCCCUCAGCAACCAAAGAAGAAAAAAGGUCAAUUGGGGCUCUUUUGAUUGGGGAGGGGUGUGUUGCCAUUUCUCCUGCCAAGGGGCGUGGUCUGGGAGUACGUCGAUUGGCCGUCUCAUUGACUUUUUACUUGGCCACCAAACAGUUGGACCCAGGACAGCUAGUACCUGUUGGGUACCUCUUCUCAUCAGUCCAAGCGUGAACGGGGAUUGGACUUUGACAUUUCGCCUUAGCCCUCUUUCCAGCUGGAUCAAGCGCCCGAGCAUGGCAAACCGGUUCUUGGUCCCGGGCUCUUGAUAUUGCAGCUGUGUUGGGAGCGUUGGAGCUACCCCAAACCCAACCGAAGUCGAUGAGGUCCGUCCCGAAGCCCCCGGGGGUUACUUCCAGAGGUUACCCGUAUCUGACAGGGCCAUCUCUACCGCACAAGUCAGGCGUUUGGCAUUCUGGGGUACGGACCCUGACUUGUGGCUCAGGUUAUCACUCACCACCCACGGCAUCCGAGCCCUGGAGCCCUGACCUUGCCCGCAUCCCUUGUUCUGUCUGUUUCCCUGGCCGACCCACUUUGCACACACGCCCCCCUCCAUCUGCACCCCCUCCCUGGCCCUUGGCCCUUGGCCCUGGUUGCCAUUCAUCCAUCCAUCUCCUUCAACACGACAUGCAGCCUGUCUGUACACUUCCGGUAUGGCUAUCACCGUUGUUCUUUUCAUGGAAUCCCAACCAUGAAGGCCUACUCGUCCUCAGUGUAUUAGUUUACCCUCAUAUGCCCCCCUGAACCCUGACCCCAUCCCCCGCAUCCUGUCACUCUCCUUAGAUACCGUCAUCAAGUUUUUCUUUCCCCUUCUCAUCCUGGCUACCCAUCUGCAGAGGCGCAUCUUCCCGGACCUGGAUACAGCCUCUCCCCUGCUCUAUGUUCGGUGACUAUGGAAAAGGCCUUCUCUCUUCUCAAGCAGUCGUCUAGCACCCCCGUCUGACCUUACCACUGCUCACCUACCUCAUCGAGCACGGCACAUGCUCAUUUAUUGGCGAACGCAUGCUCAGGAACCUACCCAAUCAUGUUUUGAUGUCUGCCAUCAGCACACGAGCCACCACCGUUGUCUAAAAGCUACUAUUAUAACAACCAGUCUCGAAAGGGGGUCUCUUUCUCGCUCGGCUACCAAUCUACCCCCUUUAAACACGCGCUGUCUCCCGAACUUCACGGGUUACAAAACUCGGAAUCGCGUCCAUCACAUAUCCCAACCUAGCUCACUUCGGCCGACAACAACAUUUGCGAAACCCGUCCUGGUCUCCCGGUCCUAGUCUCCGCGCCAAACGGUUCACUGACCUCCGUAGAAGAACAGCUACGGUGGAGUGAUCUUCUUCUUGCCCGGACGUACUGACCAGCGAUCCCCUGCUAAGCAGUCGAAGGAACGAAGCUUCCAUUGUAGAGCUCUCGGCACCUUUGGCUUCACUGCAACUCAAGAGCAACAACCGGUUCCUGUUGGUGGCGUUGGACAAGGCGGAAAACGCGUUUCCCCCGUCUUCAGCCCUGGCCAUCUAUGAACUUGCUGCCCCUAUAGGCAAAGACCGGCGAGACACCGUCACCGUGGAUAUCGCGUCAUUAAUCAAAGGCUCCGACUCAAAUGAGUCCACUGCAUCGCCCACCCAGCAGGCUCAUCCGACUUCGACUGCAACAUUUUCGCCGGCAACAACGUCCCCAGGUGAUCCUCCUCCUCUGGCCUCCUUUGCUGUAGCACCCGGCACAGUGUCUCCGCAAUUUGGCUUCGUCGGCGGCACCGGAUUUAGGGGCUUCGGGGCAUCUACGACACCUGGAUACUCUCAGCCGACUGCCACUUCGGCGCCAGCUUCAGCAUCACGCCCGCCCAGUGGAAGUAAUAAACGCAGCAUGCCGCCUCACACCUCCGAGUCGCCGGCGAAGAAACAAAGCAAGUGGUCUCCGGAAGAGGAUGCUCUCAUCAUAGAGCUCCGGGGCAGUGGGAUGAAAUGGGACGACAUAUCGAAGCGGCUUCCAGGACGGAGCUCCAUCAGUUGUCGUCUUCACUACCAAAACUAUCUGGAAAGACGGAGCGAGUGGGACGAAGAGCGCAAGAACAAGCUCGCAAGGCUUUACGAGAGAUUCAAACCCGAGAUGUGGGCAAAAGUGGCAGAGGAGAUGCAGGUCCCCUGGCGCGCCGCCGAGGCGAUGCACUGGCAGCUAGGUGAGAAUGAAAUGGCAAGGCGGGCAGGCGUGGUUCCAUUCACGCUGAACAUGACUCCGAACGACUCGCAAGGUUCCCACGGCCAUCACCGAAUUUCCCCCACGAGAGGACACGGCCACUCGCAGUCCCAGGGAAGCCUCCCUACCAUUCCGUCUCCACGAUACAACCACCAACACCAACGGGGCCCCGGGCCCGUCCCACCACCCUUGAUCCCACCCCCGAUGGCGACCGGCCGGCCACUAGCCGUACGACGCGAGAGCCUCCCGCCGAGAUCCUCUUCCGGCAUCGCCCCUGAGCCCCUUGACUACGGCUACGGACAACCACCUCCACCACCGGGUCCUCCGUUUGGGGGGCUCGCGCCGAUUCAGACGACGAGUCUUGGCCCAGGUCAAGGACGCGGAGGCGUGCUGCCCAGUGUGGCGGAACUGACGACGGGAGUUAGCCCGUACAGCACUCCGGCGUACUCGGUGGGAGCUCCUAGUGCGAGUCCUAUCCACAGCGCCACUGCUAGUCCGGUUCCUUUGCUCCCGCCUUUGGGGUACAGCUCGUCGUCGUCGUAUGGGUAUACACAUUUGGAAUCGUCAUCUGGGUCGAAGCGGAGGGCUAGCCCUGAUGUAAGCAGGGAGACUAGCAGGCGGCGACACAUGUACCCGCGGUCUGAGGAUGGGGAUUACCCGCCUCUUCCGCCUCCGCCUCCGCCACCGAUGGGACUCGGGCAGGUGGCGGCUAGACGGCCGAGGUAUGAGCCAUAACAUGGGGGGAAGGGACUGGAUUGGUGAGAGGUUUCCCUGUUGUGCUCCCUUUCCCCAGAUAAACACCACCACACACCGCAGGGGAUUUUCGAAUAACCACUUGCUACGGCAAAUCAAUCACCGAACAAACACACCACAGCUUGUUACGACUACAAUUAUUCCUUUUCCUAACUUUACUCGAGCAUUACAUACACUCACAAUACUUCACCACUCAUGACAACAAACAUUCGCGGCAUAGCACAUUUACAAUGACAUACAUCACAAUAUUAGCAACACAAACACACAUGGGAGAAGGGAAAGAAAAGAAAACCCAGCGGAACAAACAGUAACGACCUGGGAGGCAAUCUGUUAUUUUGAAAUUUCUUUUACAACUUUUCAGAACGAAGGGACGGGCGGGCGGCUGGAUGGAUGGAUGGAUGGAUGGAUGGUGGAUGGCCUACCACGAAGAAAUGGAUGAAAAGGGACAUGGCACGGAAACGGGGUGGGGUGAAUAUUUUGCAUCAAAGCAGAGAGAGAGGAAGCGAUGGGAUGACACGCACAUUUGUUGGACACAUAUUUCUCUUUUCUUUCUUUCUUCAUUUUAAGCACCUACCCACUACAUACUUCUUGAUUGACAAGUAACGACCCUUUAUUUUUAUUCUUGUUUUGUUCAAAGGACACGGCAUUUUGUAAUUAUAGUUUUUUUAUUGGUUUUUUUUUCGAUUCAUGUUUUACACUCUUCUCUUUUGAACAAAUUUCUUUUCUACGUCUCGUAACAGCCUUUUCACUUUGCCACAUGGGGUCGGGAUCUAAUUGUUCUACAAAAAUAAAACAAAGCGUUGAAAGAGAGAUGGGUGGUGGGACAUAAUCAUUACUGCUUGCUGCUGCUGCUUGGUACAGGGAAAACUUCUCCGGGGAGGAGAUGUUUCGUCUCUCCACACCACGAGAUAUCAUUGGGUCAGAAUUUUGAGCUUUUUGUUGGUUGUGGAUAAAUAAUUCUUGGACCACAAGCUUUGGAGUGUAUGUAUGUUAUUCAGGUAUGACAAAAAGGGGGUGGAUUGGCAAACCACAGAGCACACACACAGAAUCACAAAGGGGCGGCGGUUACUGCGGCCAACCCCAACAUAUCGGACUUUAGGCUGGAGAUCUUUUUUUUUUUUUUUUUUUUUCAGUGUGACAGAACCUAGCUACCCUCCCCCGCCCCAACCAUCAAAAUGCAGCAACUAUGCUAGAUGCGAACCAACCUUUCUAGAAGCCUCGAAUCACACAUAAUAGAUCGAUCCAUCACAUAACAGCGGUAUCCAAAGGGGUCUAGCUUGCCGGGGGUGUCUGAUCUCUGGUGAUCGUUUCUCACCAUUCUCUCGGCACGACUAUCUGAUGCUCACCAAAGCUGGAGAUAGCCCACAACUAGAGCAAACCAUCAGGUAUGAAUCAUCGAGAUAUACCCAGCAAGGCUGAAUAUGGCACCAUUAUUACAGAAUUACCCUCCGUAGUGUGCUCAACAAAGCUGGAAGAGAUCAAUGAUACGAACCCGAGAGGCAAACCGCCGUUCAUCCAAAACGGAGUCAUCGUUGCGACUGGUCUCCAACACUCAUCCAACAGCCAACGGGAACAAACCAAGCAAACGUUUCACUUGAAAAAGAAAAUCACCAAACACACACGUACCCCCAAAGACGGAGGGAGGUCCGCAUUAGCGAGCGAUAGAUCACCCAACCAACGGACCCGGACUCCGUUUCGGUGUCUUGUUUGGUUCAACAUCAAUAUAUUUUUUUCAGCUUUCGCCUCAUGUUGACUGUGACGGGAGGGGCUCAUUGGCAGCCACCACCCACCAGUUGUCUCUUUCGUAACCGCUGGUGAUGACUGCGCCCCCGGCAGCCAAUACAUCCUCCUCCAGCUCACCUUUGCGGUAGAGAUGAUAGUAGCGCUUGAAGACGGGGUCGGUGUGGCCCGGGUCUGGUUCCGUGGCCGCAGUAGUUGCACCGGCAGUAGCCUCAGAUGGUGGAGCCUCACCGCUAUUAUUACUGGCAGCAACACCACUGGAAUCUUGGUCCCGAGGCACUAGCAGAUCUUGCUCGCCCCCUUCGUCCCAUCCGCGCCGGCUGUUGCCCUGUUCGAGAGCCCAUACGUACACCAAGAUUUGACCGCCGGGCUGGCCAGCCUGUCCGGUCCUGACACAUCGCAGGAGGUGACGGAUCGCCUCUUGACGCCUUGUUCUUGUCGACAUGUGGUGGAUAACGGCGAUACAGAUGACGAAAUCCGCAGCGCGUUCGCGGAAGGGGAGUGACAGUCCAUCAGCUACAAGCACCUCUGUGGCGACGACAGCUCCACUCGACUCCCCGCCUGUUCCUGUUGUUGCGUCCAGCUCACCUUGAGCGAUCCGCUUCUUCGCCUCCUGGGCCUGCUGUUCCUGGAGCUGCCUCCCACGGCUGUGGGCAAGCGCAACAAGCGAAGCACUACGAUCCGAGCCGACCAUGUACACGGAUGGGUUUAGGCCCAGGUACUUGCCAUUGCCACAGCCAACAUCGAGACCCACUGCUCCCGGAGGCCGCGACUGCAGAAACGAUGCCACGGCAGGCCAGGGCUUGUAGCGUGUCGCCGAAAAGUGCGGGGCGAUGGCUUCAUACACACCGUGAACAUGCGUCUUUUCGUAGGCCUCUGCUUCUGCCGAUUCUGCUGCCUGAGAAGCGGCAGCGGCGGCGGCCAGCUUGGCGACGUCACCGGCCACAGAGUCAGACGGCAGGGCUGAGGGGUUAUGUGUCGAAGCCAUCAUGGGUUCGGGUUACACCGAGAGACUUUGGAAUAGUGCUGGAUCGGGCAACAACAAGGUGAGACUUGUUGAUCUCGUCGGUCCUGGGCCCAACUUGGGCUUCGCGCGGCACGCUGACCGAGUGUCCUGCUUCCCAGUCAGGUCAGGCCGCAGAGAUUUUUCACACACACCACAGCCCUAGGGAGAUGGAAAAGCUUUUUUCGAUUCUUGUCGCGGCUCUUGGCCCAGCGAUUGAUAUCCUUGACCGCCUGUUCCGGGGGGUCAGCGGGCAAGGUAGCGGGACUUGGGAGGGGGAUCGUGAUGUGGCGGCAUGGAUGCAGUGCAGAUUGCAGUAAACCCAAGGCAUUUGAAGAUGCAGAAGCAACAGGGACGAACAGGGCCAAAACAGACGCCGUUGGCGACCAACCGACACUCGGUGCAGUCCUAGGCUGAGGGCGAAGGAACCAGCUACGACAUUGCUGCCAACUGGAGGGGUAUAGCUGCACGACUGGGGCAGGACAAGGAACGAACUGUGAGAUGGCUUGUACACGUACCUACUUAACAGAGGUGUACAACAAGGCCUACACAGGGCUGAAGAACAUGAACGGUGAUGAACCUGACAAGAACGGAAACCAACUCAGAGAUGGAGACGGAGAAGACGGAGAGAUGACACACACCUUGUUGGACGGUCAAUUACUCGGUCGCGUUAUGCAGCUUUGCGCACAUGCGGAUUCCCCAAGUCGGGACGGUGUAGCCGUGGUUCGGAACUGGUCCCCUGUGUGUGGUCGUGUGUGUGGGUGUGUGUGGGUGAUAUGUUUGGUUGGUGGUUGGGUUAAGGUUGGGGACACCGAAGAGAGGACAUGGGCCUUACCUUGGUGGGGCUGUUAUCGGUUAUCGGCUGAGCAUUGAUGCUAUUGGGCAACAGCUCCCCUCUCCCAAAGAACAUACCAUACAUGGACUAGAGUCUACAAGUAUGUCUCAGAUCUGCAUCUCCGUCAUACAAGUUCUUCAUCACCAGCCAGUGGUGCCGUUGUGGAUGAUGCAACAGCACUUGCGGUGACGAAGCGUCCAUUCGUACCUGACACGGCACAAUACCCUAACCCGAAAACCAGGGUUAUAGGCCCAAUGAAUGGCCUUGGCGACCGUCAUGGCCCCAAUGACCCAUCUUGACGACCUGACCGAUAUUUCACAGAAAAAAGACGGCAGGGGGUGAAUUGGUAAAAGUUCCAACAGCUUUCCCGUACGACCUACCACAAGCCUGCCCGACGCCAGAAUGCGCCAGCAGCAAGGCUGUGAGUUCAGGCACAAAGCAGAGAUACCAGCCCAACCCCCAAUCUCUUUCUUGGGGUUUUACCUCUUUCCAGUGUUGAGAGGACUUUGGGGGUCAAAGACGUCAGUCGAAAUCAACUCGGGGUAUGUCACACCGCCCUGCUUCAGGGUUUCGUCCAUGACCUCCAUGAUCACAAUGCUCUCGCUCCACGGCAGAGUCUUGCUCUCCUUCUGCCCGUCACGCAGGCAGCGGGCGGCCUCGUCAGCUUCCCAGAA